AUGGAAUGUGAAGCUUGCCAAAGAACAUGUAAGAUAUUGGCAAGGAAUGAAAUGCCCCAAAGGAAUAGUCAAGUUUGUGAAAUCUUCGAUGUACAGGGUGUGGAUUUCAUAGGACCAUUUCCUUCAUCCAAAGGCAAUAAAUACAUACUAUUGGCGGUGGAUUAUGUGUCAAAGUGGGCAGAACCGCAAGCAUUACCAACCAAUGAUGCAAGGGUUGUGGCGUUAAUUAGUGAUAGGGGAACCCACUUCGCUAAUGAUCAACUAGCAAAAGUGUUGCAAAAAUAUGGGGUACGCCAUAGAUUUUCAACACCUUACCAUCCACAUACAAAUGGGAAAACCAAAAUUACAAAUACGGCACUCAAAAGAAUAUUGGAGAAAUCGGUGGAGAGUAAUAGAAAAGAUUGGGCAGAAAAAUUGGAUGAUGCAAUUUGGGCAUUUAGGAUCGCAUUUAAGACACCGGUUGAUUCAUUGCCUUGUUUCAAGUAUUUGAGCGAUGGAGCAGUGAAGGAUAGGAAGACUUCAAAGAUAAAUGGCAGGAUUUUGCGGGUAAGGGAUGAAUGCAAGAGUAUAGAGUCAAGGCUAACCAAGAAAAAAGAUUGA